GUGGUGGCCAAUCAGAGGCUGUAGAAGAGAUCGCUCGGUGUUUGCGUGACAGCUGAGAAUUCUCUGUCCCGGUGCUGAAGAGGAAAGAGUUCAACAUAUAAAGACAAGUGAAGAGUACAGCGCCUGACAGACGGCCGGCCAACUGCUGGAGGGUCCCCUGAAAAUCACAUCAUUCUGUCAGUCUGUCAGACUCUUCAAUGGCUUCCAACGACAGUGUCCUCAGUUCAGCUUACCUUGCUGUUGAAUACAUUGACUCUCUCCUGCCAGACAAUCCUCUACAACUACCCUUUAAAUAUGCCUGGACCUACAUGCUAGACAACUACACCAAGUUCCAGAUUGCCACAUGGGGAUCCCUCAUUGUCCAUGAAGCCAUCUAUUUCUUGUUCUGCCUGCCCGGCUUUCUCUUUCAGUUCCUACCUUUCAUGCAGAGGUUUAAAAUCCAGCAGGACAGACCGGAGACAUGGGAAGGCCAGUGGAGAUGCUUUAAAAUGCUCCUGUUCAAUCAUUUCUGCAUCCAGCUUCCUCUGAUCUGCGGCACAUACUACUUUACUGAGUUCUUCCUCAUUCCUUAUGACUGGAAUACCAUGCCUCGAUGGUACGUGUUACUGGCCCAGUGUUUUGGUUGUGCCGUCAUUGAAGAUACCUGGCACUAUUUCCUCCAUCGGCUGCUGCACCACAAGAGUAUCUACAAGUACAUCCACAAAGUGCACCAUGAGUUUGCGUCUCCAUUUGGGAUGCAGGCUGAGUAUGCACAUCCUCUGGAAACUCUGAUAUUAGGAACUGGAUUCUUCAUUGGAAUCAUGGUUUUCUGUAAUCACGUCAGUCUUCUGUGGGCCUGGGUUACAUUCAGACUUCUGGAAACAAUAGAUGUUCACAGUGGUUAUGACAUUCCUCUGAAUCCAUUACACCUGGUCCCAUUUUACGCCGGAGCCCGUUUCCAUGACUUUCAUCACAUGAAUUUUGUUGGUAACUACGCAUCAACAUUCACAUGGUGGGACAAACUCUUCAACACAGACUCUCAGUACAACAAUUACAGGGUUAAAGGCAAGAUACAAGAAGCAAAGAAGUCCAAAUAAUGUAUUUCUCAAACACUGCUUAAUUUUCCAGCAUUUUGGAUCAUGCAAUGCUCUUAAUAAAUCCUCACAGCUAUCACAGAUGGAAGAAGAUAUGGACUUGUUUGUAGCGUGUCUGCAGAAGGGUAAUACAUGUGGAAACCAGCCACAAACCUAAUAGCAGCUGCCAGCAUACAGACGUCACAUUGGCCUUAAAGUCACAGCGAGAACCCUAGGGGACCCAGAACUCUUUAAACACUGUCGAUAGCUACUUGCCAUGUGCAACUUUUCAGAAGGGUACAGGGACUGCAAGAACAGUUGUUUUGCGGCCUUCACUUUGAUGAUGGCUUUGUUC